CAGGGAAACAACCUCCGAAAUCCCUAGAGAGAAAAAAGAUGUCUUCACCGGGAGCGGUUCCAAUGAGCCUCCCCGAUGAGGGGAAAGAACUUGGAAGAGGAAUCCAGGAAUCGCGGGUCUCCGGAAGUGAUCCGGACCUAAUGGAGGAUAGAGAGGGGGGCGAAGAUGCGGUGCUUGAUGCGAAAGUCGAGAGAAUCUAUAGGUGAGAUCUCCGCGAUACCCGGUAAUGGAAACACCCUGUCUAGAUCUUGGUGUUGACAUCUUUGAUAGAAAACUCGACCUCCGAAUAGUACCUGGUGACCUCAAAUCCACUCGUACAACGCGAAAGGGGACGAAGCUAACUUUUCAUAGCGCUCUGGGUCCUCUACUUUUUGUGCGCAGCAAUAAGGUCCAAUGUCGGCCUCUCACUAACGAUGAACUCCGAGAAAGGGCAUUCCUUAUCCGGUCGUCUAGGAUUAACCCCUCACGAGAUCAGUACGGGUCUCGCACUCUUCUACGUUUGCUAUGUCCUUUUCGAUCUACCGGCGAAUCUGAUAAUGACAAGGCUGAGCCCGCACGUCUGGAUGUCAAGAAUUGUCCUUGGUGUGGGAAUUGUGGGUAGUUGUCACGCAGCUCUAAGCGCUGAAUGGAACUUCUAGUAGGUCAUCAUCAUAUUUCCACCAAAAUGGUUGGGAAAAAGGGCUAAUACUGGAUGGGCAUAAUAGUCUCCUUCGUGUUCUCUUGGGAAUUGUGAUCGCGGGCAUGUGGCCCGGAAUGGCCUACUACCUAACCCUAUUCUACCCACCCUCGCGCACCGGAAAGCGCAUAGGGCAGUACUUUACCGCGGCCCAAGUCUCCGCAGCGGUCGUGGGUCUUGUAAGCGCCGGGUUCCAAAAAAUGGACGGUCUUGGUGGCCUAACGGGCUACGAAUGGAUGUUCCUGCUCUACGGUCUCGUGGCUAUUAUCGAUGGAAUAGUCAUCCUCUGGUGGCUACCGGACAGACCGAAAGCCCCAGGGACACACGUCCAGCCAACCGGUUGGAGGCGCUAUAUCCCGGCCUCGCAGCCGGCACUCAGCGGCGAGGAUGCGAGGAUUCACUACGAGGACCUGACGAGGGUGUACCACAGCAGGCCGUGGGGCAUGAGGGAUAUUGUCAAGAUCUUGAGGGACUGGAGAUUGUACCCAUUGACACUCAUGUACUUUGGGGUCGUCGGCGUCGGUAUCGGCGUGCAGAACUUCGGAACGCUGAUCAUUCGAGCGACCAAUCCCAAGUUAACUAGCGUUGAGCUGUCGCUGCUGUUCUCCCCGAUUUGGGUUUGUGACCUUAUCGCCAUUCUGCUGGUCACGCCGAUGAGCGACCGCUUCCAUCAUUACCGCGCUCUGUUCUUCAGUGUCCCCGUGUGCAUCCAGAUCUCUGGACUGCUGGUGACUACAUUUGCCGGUGGUCCGGAUAAUCCGUGGCCGAGAUAUGUAGGCCUCUUGAUGGUGGGGUUCGGAUUAGGCCCUACAGUACCAAUCUGCAUGACAUGGACAAGGUACCCCUACUUCGCGUUCACAUAUCCCACCUAAACUAACAAAACCCAGCGAGAUCUUCCAACGCCGCCACGGCGAAGUUGGCGUAGCCGCUGCCUCGGCGUUAGUGUCUGGCUUGGGAAACCUUGGAUCCGUAACAACUGUACUUUCCCCCCCCUCUUUCCUCCAUAUCCACCAUACUAACCAACUGCAAGACCUACGCACUCUACACCGGCUGGGAGUCGGACAGUAAGAAAGGCCCACACCAGUACCGCAAGUCUAACCUGGUCAUGAUCGGGAUCCUGUGCAUGAGCAUAUUGUCCGCUAUCACAAUGGGUCUGUUGAUGAAAUUUGUGGACGGGAAGAAGACGCCGGAGCAGCAGGGUGCUGUCAUGGACCGCGCGGCGAGGAGGGAGUUGAGGGGACAGAGGGGAUUCGGGAAGGCUAAAGGUGGUAAUUAAAUUAGAGGUGGAUUGGGGGCGGGGGAUCAGGCCGUUAUCGGAAGUACUCAGUCUUGGACGAGUAAGUUAUGUGGGAUGGAAGGGUUGUUUUUAGCAGAGGUAGUAAAGCGUAGAUGAUUGAAUUGCUAAUGUGUGAU